AUGGACUUUAGAGAGAGCCUUCUUUCCCUGGAGGACCAGCUGAGGUGUCCAGUGUGUCUGGAAGUCUUCGCUGAGCCUCUGAUGUUACAGUGCGGCCACUCCUACUGCCGGUGCUGCGUGUGUUCUAUGAGCAUGGACCCCCAGGGCCAACUGCAAUGUCCUGAGUGCCGCUGUGCCGUGGAUGGGGACAGCCCUCCGCCCAAUGUUGGCCUGGCCAGGAUCGUGGAUGCGCUGCGGGAGCUGAGUGGGCCAGAGAGGGCUCAGCCAGAGACAUGCCCUGAGCACCACAACCCCCUGAGUCUCUACUGUGAGGAGGACCAGAUGGUCAUCUGUGGGCUAUGUGGAAGCAUCGGGGCUCACCGCAGCCACAAGAUCACCCCAGUCAGCAGCAUCUACAGCCGCAUGAAAUGGAGACGACGUGUCCUGUACCCCACUUUCAAAAGGCUCCGAUCAGAGAAGCAGAAUGUUCCUCUAGUGCAGUCCUUCUCAAAUAGUGGGGCGCGCCCCCCUGGGAGGGCUCGGAGCGAUGCGUGA